AUGCCCAAAAGAGUUCUGAAAGGCGCAGCCAAGCGGGCCCGCGAGGCCAAGCAUGCCCGCGAUGCUGCCAAAGCCAGGCGGCUCAGUUCCUUUUUGAACGUGAGGCUGAAUCAAGAACACAUUCCACACGAAAUACUCCCAAAUUCCGCAAGCGACGAUAAGCUUCUCGACAGGCCGGUGACAGGGGCUGACCUAUUCGCUCCAUCAUCCGGACCUUCAUCCAACAGCGUCUAUCCGAGUCUCCUGCAGGAGGAAUACUUUUGGAAUUACUUCUGGCAAACGUACCACGUCUCGCUCUGCCCAAUUCUAGACGAUGCCCAGUUCAAGCAGCACUAUCAGAGCCUCCUGAUCGCCGAUGGCAAAGGGCGCAAACCAUCAGCUCUCGUCGACAUCGUCGUGGCAGCCUGUAUGCAGUAUCACAUCUCUACACUCCCCCUAGGCUCGCAAAGCGGCCUAGUUGAAGGCAAAGAUGCCUCUGUAGCCGGCCGCUGGCACUACUGGCGCGGCCAAACAUUACUGACCUACGAGCUCGAAAGCCUGUCGAUAUCCACCCUGCAAUGCCACGUACUCUGCUCGAUCUACCUCUGCGGCGGAUCGUUCCACAAUAUGAUGGACACAGCCAUGGCACAGGCCGUGCGCACAGCAUACAUCCUUGGUCUCCACCGGGAUCUGCCAUCGACCCUCCCAGAGGCGAAGCGCGAAAUGCGGAGGCGGCUCUGGUGGACCGUUUAUUUCAUGGAUACCCGCGCUACCAUGAAACUCGGACGUUCGUUCAUGCUUAGCGAGUCCCAUUCUAUGCCCGCCCUCUGCAUCGAUAGCUUGCGUGUUGCAGCAUCGUCGGGCUCGACGUUCGUCCCCGCUGAUGAAGAUAUGACGUGGCUAAGCUUUAAUCUGCGACAGAUAACGCUCUGCAGAACAUUCCGAGCAGCUUAUACCUCCUUUCAUAAUACCGAUUUCCAUCUACAAGAGGGACAGCCAAUCUGGGAUCGCCCGGAUGCGCUUCAAGCCGGCGCCGAGAUCAUCGCUAAGCAUAUCCCGUCCCUCGACGCUUGGUGCGAUAGCGUCCCUGAUGCCCUGAAGCUGAAACGGCAGGAUUCCAACAGCAGACCAUUCUCCACUGAUGGCGCCCGCGUUGUUUUAGAGCUGUCCGCCCCAGAGUGGUUACAGCGACAGCGCAUGCUCCUCGAAAACACGUACCACCACGUCUGCGUCAACCUAUUCAGAUCAAUGAUAUGCUUUCCGUAUCAACCAGCAAGCCAGGUGCACAUAUCAGAGAACUCACUACCCGGUGAACUUGCGACGCGCUGCGCCGCUCACGCCAUUGCUUUGACGAAGCUCACACACCAGGUUUUGGAAGAAACAUCACUAUUGGACGGCUGGCAUGAGGCCUUUUACUGCCAGUGGGAUGCCGUGAUGACGCUCAUUGGCUUUGUAUUGGCGUACCCUGGCUCCGGCACGGUGACUUUGGAAGCCAAGAGCGCGAUUCACCUUGCAAUUGCGGUAUCCGAGAAUUUCGGGUUCAAGUUCGCUGUUGGAACGAGUGCGAGUAAGAUUGUACAGGGGCUGUGUGCAAAGUCUGAGACUCUCACUGCAAAUGAGUACGCCUCGGCUUACAUUGGUGCUAGUACGCAGAAUGCGAAUAUAUAUAGGAUAUAUGGGGGUCAAAUUUGCGGCGUUAUUGAUUGGCAGAAUUCCUAG